GCUUUCGUCAUUCAACCAUCCAUCCAUCGCAUUCUGGUCAUCGAACAAGCGUGGGCUGGCUACACCCAAACCUCAACGAGGGGGGUUUCGAUAAGCAGUCAGGAUGCAGAACAACAGGGCCAAUCUGUCUCGCAAGAUUAGGAUCACAAUUGUCGCUGCGGACUCGCUCAUCAAGCGUGAUCUUUUGCGUCUCCCCGACCCCUUCGCCAUCGUAUCGGUCGAUGGGGAGCAGAUCCACACAACUAGCGUGAUCAAAAAGACGCUCAACCCCUACUGGAACGAGAAUUUUGACAUCGAUGUCAAGGACUCGUCUGUUGUCGCCGUUCAAAUCUUUGACCAGAGGAAGUUUAAGCGAAAGAGCGAUCAAGGUUUCCUCGGCGUGAUCAAUGUCAAAGUGUCCGAUGUCAUCGAUAUGGAAAUGGGCGGGCAAGAAAUGCUCACCCGAGAGUUGAAGAAAGGCUCUGAACAAAUCGCGGUCAACGGUAAACUCAUUGUCUACCUUUCCACACAGACCAACUCGCCCAUUCAGAACCCUGGUCCAUCUGCCUCUCAGUCUAACUCAGUCAUCCAAACCGCUCAGAGUGCUUCAAGCAAUAGCAUUCCUAGCGCUGGAGCUUCUGGGUCUCGACCGACAUCCCAGGUCCAACCUGAGAGUCCGUCUGCCCGAUUGCCUGUGAUCACACAACCUUCUUCCGCCGUUCCUCAACCUCUUAACCCGAAUGCCAACGCCGCCGCUGCCAGUGGAGCACCGACUGUGCCUCCUACAGCUCAGGCCGCCGCGACUGGACUGACCGGUAACCAACCCGGACACCAAUUUGACUCGCAUGCCGAUCAGCAGGGUCCCCUGCCUGCUGGUUGGGAAAGACGAAUCGACCACUUGGGACGACAGUAUUACGUCGAUCAUAACACGCGAUCAACGACAUGGAACAGGCCAACUGACAGUCAAGUGUCGAACAACGCCACCCAGGCCAACUCGACUGGAGAGGCUCGAGCCAGACACAACGCGAGAACAUUGGCCGAUGACAUGCUGGAUGUUCAGCAGAGCGGCGGAACCGGUACUCAGACGCCAACAGGAGGCGCAGCAGCCGCUGGUGGAGCUAUUCCAAGUGGCAACGCUACGACUGCCGGAUCUGGACCCCUACCAGCUGGAUGGGAACAACGAUUUACGCCUGAAGGACGUCCGUACUUUGUGGACCACAACACUCGCACAACUACCUGGGUCGACCCACGACGUCAACAACUCAUACGAGUCAUUGCUCCCGGUCAAGGCAACUUGUCAGUCCAACCUCAAACCGUCAGCCAAUUGGGACCUCUGCCUUCCGGAUGGGAAAUGCGACUCACAUCUACCGCUCGAGUCUACUUUGUGGACCAUAACACGAAGACGACGACAUGGGACGAUCCCCGUCUGCCGUCCUCGCUUGAUCAGAACGUACCUCAAUACAAGCGAGACUUUAGACGAAAACUCAUCUACUUCCGAUCUCAGCCUGCUCUUCGAUCCAACACGGGUCAAUGCCAUAUCAAGGUGUCUCGAGAAAACAUUUUCGAAGGCUCUUACACCGAAAUUAUGCGUCAGACUCCCAACGAUUUGAAGAAGCGAUUGAUGAUCAAGUUUGAAGGUGAAGAUGGUCUCGAUUACGGUGGUCUGUCACGAGAAUUCUUCUUCCUCUUGUCUCACGAAAUGUUCAAUCCUUUCUACUGUCUGUUCGAAUACUCUGCACACGACAAUUACACUUUGCAGAUCAACCCCAAUUCUGGAGUCAACCCUGAGCAUUUGAACUACUUCAAGUUCAUCGGUCGAGUCGUCGGAUUGGGUAUCUUCCAUCGUCGAUUCCUGGAUGCCUACUUCAUCGUCUCAUUCUACAAAAUGAUCCUCAAGAAGAAGAUUGCCAUUCAAGAUCUCGAAUCAGUCGAUGCGGGUCUUCACCGUGGUCUUACUUGGAUGUUGGAGAACGACAUCACUGAUGUCAUUGAGGACACAUUCUCCAUCACUGAGGAGCACUUUGGUGAGGUCGUCACUGUCGAUCUGAAGGAGGGCGGAAGGGAUGUUGAGGUCACGGAGGACAACAAGAAGGAAUAUGUCGACCUUGUCACUGAAUACCGUAUCUCUCGACGUGUUUCUGAGCAAUUCGAUGCCUUCAUGUCUGGAUUCAACGAGCUCAUCCCUCAGGAGCUCAUCAACGUCUUCGACGAGAGAGAACUUGAGUUGCUCAUUGGAGGAAUGUCCGAGAUCGAUGUGGACGAUUGGCAAAAGCACACUGAUUACCGUGGCUACAAUCCGUCGGACGAAGUCGUCGAAUGGUUUUGGAAAAUUGUCAAGGCGUGGCCAGCGGAGCGCAAGUCGCGUUUGCUACAAUUCUCCACCGGAACGUCUCGAAUCCCUGUCAACGGCUUCAAGGAUCUUCAAGGGUCUGACGGACCUCGUCGCUUCACCAUUGAAAAGGCUGGAGAGGCCCACAUGCUGCCGAAGAGUCACACUUGUUUCAAUAGAAUCGAUUUACCUCCCUAUCCAAGCUAUGAUCAACUGGAGCAGAAAUUAACCAUUGCAGUGGAGGAGACCAUGGGUUUCGGACAAGAGUGAUCUGUCUCACUACCUGUGAAGAUCGCUACGCGCGACCGGCAGCUCAAGAAUAUACUGUACUUUUAUAGCCUAUUCCCCUACGGUUUCGGUUUUCUUUCUCUCACCACUCUGAGCAUCACCGACGCUCGAAUUACACGCGCACUUAUGUGCUCUGAACCUACAUUCUACGCCCUUAUGUCUCCGUUUCUCUAUUAGAUGAUUCUUUUUUUGAUCGAUCUAUCGUGACAAUGUAUGUCCUCAAUGCGUGUUGCAGGGAAUCCGGACUUUUGGCAGAUUCGUCCGGACUCGCGGGAUUCUUGAAAUAUUCGAGUGCUGUAUCA